CUAACUCAUGUCACGGACAUCUUCUGUACACAGCUUGUCUUCAUCGCCUACUUUGAGGACACAAAAGCCGAGAUGGGAUAUCGCUUCCAUGCCUUGAGCAGCUCUGUCCUGCUCUUGCUCUUCUUCUUGUCUUUGGAGCAAGCAAGAGCAGCGCAUUUCUAUAAUACGAGCGGUUUGAGAGGCAGGAAGCAAGCGAGCGGGUGCAAUCUCUUCCAAGGCAAGUGGGUGUUUGACGCUUCUUAUCCUCUCUACGAUUCUUCAAGCUGUCCCUUCAUCGACCCAGAGUUUGAUUGCCAGAAGUAUGGCAGACCCGAUAAGCAGUACCUCAAGUACGCUUGGAAACCUGACUCUUGUGACCUACCCAGGUUUGACGGACUGGACUUUCUGAGGAGGUGGAGAGGGAAGAAGAUAAUGUUUGUGGGUGACUCACUGAGUCUGAACAUGUGGGAAUCGCUAUCGUGUAUGAUUCACGCGUCGGUGCCCAAUACCAAAACCGCCUUUGAGAGGAAAGACCCGCUGUCCUAUGUGUCAUUCCAGGAUUACAGUGUUACUUUGUUUCUAUACCGUACAACAUACCUUGUAGAUCUAGUAAAAGAAGACGUCGGCCGCGUGCUGGACCUGGACUCAAUCAAGGGUGGAAAUGCAUGGAGAGGGAUGGACAUGCUGAUCUUCAACACGUGGCACUGGUGGACCCACACCGGAAAAUCCCAACCGUGGGAUUAUAUACGAGAGGGGAGUAACUUGUAUGAGGAUAUGGACCGUCUGAGUGCAUUUUCUAAGGGUCUGACCACGUGGGCCAACUGGGUUGACCAAAAUGUUGAUCCCACCAAGACCAAGGUCUUCUUUCAGGGCAUCUCUCCCACCCAUUAUCAGGGCAAGGAGUGGAAUGAACCCAAAAAGAACUGUAAAGGAGAAGUUCAACCUCUACCCGGGUCAACCUAUCCGGCAGGUGCACCUCCGGCCACUGUAGUGGUGAACAAUGUGUUGAGUAAGAUAAGUUGUCCCGUUUACUUGCUCGACAUAACAACGCUCUCUCAGUUGAGAAAAGACGGCCACCCUUCCGCUUACAGCGGCGAGCAUUCAGGCAAUGAUUGCAGCCACUGGUGCCUUCCUGGACCACCUGAUACUUGGAACCAGCUCCUGUAUGCGGCUCUCAUCUAACAUAGACAACGCAACAAUCUUAAAUCUUUGAUCUUUUCAAAUCAUUGUUUUGUAAAUUUAGACAAGGUGGGUGAAUUUCACAUUUUAUUUCAAUGGUGGAUCAUAAUAAGGGGAGCAAAAGUCAAUAAUUGUAAAGUAAUUUGAUUGUUUCAACCAAACUAAUUGCUUUGAAAUUAUAUAGGAAAAAAGAUUGGAGAUAGAGAUAAGUUGGCUUUGUAUAAGUUAUUUGCUGUUGUGUUUAUCCACUAUUUCAAUAGUACAAUUUCAUUUUUAAUUA